UUUUUUUUAUUAUUAUUAUUAUUAUUAUCACCACUUUGGGUUUAUUUUACAUGCCAAAGCUGGGGGAAACUACUGGGACACAGGACACUUUUACGCGCAGCUUUAAAGUUCUCGCCACAAUAAUUGGUUAUCGGAUGGACCAGCACCCCAGCGCCCGGAGCUGCACCAGUCGCGGGGCUUCGUCCUGUGAGGCCGUCCCGACGGAGCCCUCCAUGAAUCUGUACAUCCACUCCACCACCGGCACACGCUUCGAGCUCUCCCUGCCCCAGGAGGAGACCGUGGACGGACUGAAGAGGAGGCUGUCGCAGAGACUCAAAGUACCGAGAGAGAGACUCGCUCUGCUGCACAAAGAAACGCGACUAAGUUCAGGCAAACUCCAGGAUCUCGGCAUCUCCGAUGGGAGCAAGUUAACACUUGUACCAACAGUCGAAGCAGGAUUAAUGUCUCAAGCAUCAAGACCCGAGCAGUCCGUGAUGCAAGCCUUGGAGAGUCUCACAGAAACUCAGGUCAGUGACUUCCUGUCCGGCCGCUCCCCCCUCACCCUGGCGCUGCGCGUCGGCGAUCACAUGAUGUUCGUCCAGCUCCAGCUGGCGGCGCAGCAGUCCGGCGGCCCCCAGCUCCAGCACAGACACGUCAUCACCCGGGGCAACGCGGAGACCGCAGUGGGACAACCCACGGGGCAGCCCCGCGUCCCACACCCCCACCCCCACCCCCACCCUCAGCCUCACCCGCACUCCCACCACCAUCAACCGCACGGCCAGCCCGGCCCCCACUUGCCCCAGCCUCACCUGGCCCCCUCCCCUCCCUCCCCCUCCUCCCCUUCCUUCCCGCUGCCCGCCACGCACCACCAGCCGCUCCCUCCCGCGUACCACCAGUCGCCCUCCUCCGCUCACUAGCCCCCGACUCCCCCUCCCCAGCCCCACUCCCCUCACCCGGCCAACGUCCCCGGAGGUCAUUUCCGCGCUCCGGCCAGUCAGCACCAUCAACACCAUCACUACCACCAGCCUUCCUCAAGCCAACCCAGCCAAGACAUCGGCCAGGCCAGCCCCGUAGCCCCGGUCCUCUGCCCUGAAGCUAACUGCAGCCCCAGCAGCCCCAGCAGUGGCAGCAGUCCCUCAACACGCUCCCGCAAACCUGGCGCCAUCAUUGAGAGCUUCGUCAACCACGCUCCCGGAGUCUUCUCAGGGACCUUUUCAGGCACUUUGCACCCAAACUGCCAGGACAGCAGCGGACGUCCCCGACGCGACAUCGGUACCAUCCUGCAGAUCCUCAACGACCUCCUGAGCGCCACGCGCCACUACCAGGGCAUGCCCCCGUCCCUCACCCAGCUCCGCUACCAGACCCAGUGCGGCUCGCCCGCCUCCCCGUCCCCCUCGCCGCCUCCCUCGCCCCAAGUUGCUGGCAUGACGGGCCUCUCUGCCAAAGCUACCUCCGUGCCCGCCAGCAGCCCCAUCAGCCCUCCGCCGACCCUCCAUCCGCUGGUGCAGUGCCAGAGUCAGAUCCGCAUGUGCAAACCCCCCGGCGACCGCGUUCGCCAGACGGAGAACCGCGCGACCCGCUGCAAGGUGGAGCGCCUGCAGCUGCUGAUGCAGCAGAAGCGUCUGCGCAGGAAGGCCCGGCGGGACCAGCGCGGCCCGUACCAUUGGCUGCCCAACCGCAAGGCCGGACGCAGCAACAGCAACAGCAGCAUGUCCAGCGAGGGCUCCAUGGACCUGGACUUUGACGACUCGGUGUGGAAGCCCGACGUCAAGGCCGACUUGAAGUCCGAGUUCGUCAUGGCCUGAAGCGAAGGGUCCGAUGAUCCAGCACGCCGAGGGGGGACGGAUUGGAAGCAUGGGCAAAGCAUCGCUCGGGAUUUACUUAGAGAUAUAUUUGGAGGGAGUGGAUCGGCAGGAGGUGAUACAGAACUGGGCAAAGAGGAAGUUGUCCUUGUGGCUCACCCUCCUGGAAGACUUUACUCCCAUCCGGUCCUUUUCACAGUUGACCUUGUGAAAAACAGCAACAGAGAAACUUUCUUUUGACGCUUGGAUUUGGACGGGAAGCAACCGGACUUAACAGUGUACAAGACUUUUUACGGUGUGAUUACAGAGACGAUACCUGAACUUGAGCAUUGCAGAAUUCAGUGGGUGGUGGUGAUGGUGAUGGUGGUGGUGGUGGUAUUUUCUUUUUUCUAAGAUAUGUUUUUUUUAAAGCGCACUCUGGACAGCCAAUGAAGAGAUCCACACUGGACUUAUUAAGCGGACAGGAGCACCAGAGGCCUCAGUGUUUUCCUACUCACAUGAAUGGCAGAACUGCCGAACAAUGGAUUAUUCCAACGGGCAUUCUUAUCGAUAUCAAAACUCACCGACCGGAGUCUAGUUUUUAACCUGUUACGGGGUGGUUAAACUUUUUUUUUUUUUUUUUUUUUUUU